AUGGCAUCAUUCGAGUACAAUGAGAACACCCAGAGGGUCCUUUUUGGCCAAGACAGCCUCGCAAAGCUCCCAUCUGAGCUCGCCAAACUUGGCUGUUCGAAGCCGCUCAUUCUAACAACACCAACCAAGACCUCUUAUGUCGACGACAUCGCAUCUCUUCUAGAUGGCCGGAUCGCCGGCUCAUUCACGCGAGUCACAAUGCACACCCCGACCGACGUCACCGAAGACGCCUUGAAGCACUGCAAAUCCGUCAACGCUGACUGUCUCGUGUCAAUCGGCGGCGGGAGUGCCGUAGGCCUGGGGAAAGCAUUGUUUGUUCGCACGGGGCUGCCUCAUAUCACUGUUCCGACUACGUAUGCGGGCAGCGAGAUGACACCCAUCGUGGGCCAGACGGAAAACAGGGUCAAGACGACGCAUGUUGAUCGAAAGGCGAUACCGGCGGUCGUCAUUUAUGAUGUGAAUCUGACCCUGACAUUGCCUGCCAAGAUAAGUGCGACGAGCGGCCUGAACGCCAUGGCGCAUGCUGUGGAGGCUUUGUACGCACAAGAUGGCAACCCAAUCGCAAGCAUGUUUGCCGUCAAGGGUAUCCAAACGUUGGCCACAUCUCUGCCUCGAAUCAUGCAGAACCCGCAGGAUGUCGAUGCUCGCUCAGAUGCCCUGCUCGGCGCCUGGUUCUGCGGCAAAUGUCUUGCUGGAGUGGGCGUUUCCCUGCAUCACAAGCUGUGCCACGUCCUCGGAGGCACAUUCAACCUACCUCACGCAGAGACGCAUGCUAUCAUUUUGCCUCAUGCGGUGGCAUAUCUGGCUCCGAGCAUUCCGGAGACGAUGAAGGUAUUGGCUGAGAAUAUUCCUGACAGCGAAGGGAACGCUGUCAAUGGCCUGAACAGGUUAUUGUCCAAGCUAGGCAUCACGUACAGUUUGGGAGACCUCGGCUUGAAGGAGGAAGACAUUGACUUGGCGGUGACAACUCUGCUCAAGAAGCCAUUUUGGAGUCCCAGGCCUAUUGAGGGUGAUUUAAUUCGUGAGUUGCUGAGACGAGCGUGGGAGGGAAAGCCAGCGCAAAUAGCGGAGUAG